CCCAGCCAGCCGAUCGGAGCCAGACCGGGCCAGGCCAGGGGUGAGUGACCAGGGCAGAGCCUGGAAGCGGCCAGCUCCGGGAAUCUGAUCCAUUCCCGCGGGGGACACUCAGGAUCCCCUCGUGUACAUGGAGCGGGUAACAGCCAUAGCAGAGCCCCGGGCGCCAGUGGACCAUGGCGUGCAAAUCCGAUUCAUCACAGAGUCGGCUGAUAGUACACAGGCAGCCCCCUUCCGCCGGGGUGGCCGGCGCCCAGCCAAGGACUCUAGAGCUAGUUCUUAUGGUGUAGCAGUGCGGGUUCAAGGCAUUGCUGGGCAGCCUUUUGUGGUGCUCAACAGUGGGGAGAAGGGUGGUGAUUCCUUUGGGGUACAGAUCAAGGGCAGUGGCAACAGAGGAGCCCCUGAUUCACUGAGUUCAGACUCGGAGCUUCCUGAGAAUCCCUAUGGCUCACCUCGGAGAUUCAUUGGCUCCUAUUCCCAGGGCAGUACCUCUGAUGAGGAGCCUGGGGUUGGGCAAAAGAACAGGCUUCAACGUUCCCGUUCCCAUGCCUCCCUGUUGGAUUCUGCUACCAUGGGCCCAGGUGUCCUGACUGGCAGCCUAAUAGAAUUAACCCCUCCAGAUGGUCCCCCUGGCAAUGCCAUUGACACAGCUCCCCUGUCCUCUGUGGAUUCGCUCAUUAGCAAGUUUGACAGCCGAGUGUCCCAAACAAGGGGCCGGACCGGCUGCCGUGUGCGACUGUCCCCAGAACAUCGAAAGCGGAGUCAAAGCUUAGAUAGCCGUCCACCUCGAGAUACAGCAGAGGAACGGGAACGAGAUCGAGAUCGGGAACGGGAACAGGAACGAGACCAGGAACGGGAAUGGGAACGGGAACGAGAACGAGACCGCGAACGGGACUUCAGCAACUCCUCCUUUCCUAACUUGAAGAAUCAGAGCCAGGCCCCAUCAAAUGUUGUCAGCCGAUCCCGACAGACCCAGGAAUGGGUCCUGCAGAGUUUUGAGGAGCCACGGGUGAGGGCACGGGACCCUACCCUAAUGCAGUUCAAGUCAACCCCAGACCUCCUGAGGGACCAGCAAGAAGCCACAACUCCCAGCAGUGCUGAUCAUGCUAAAGCUACCAUCUAUAAUAUACUACGAGAGGGGAGUUCAGAAAGUGAAACAUCUAUGAAGAGGAAGGUCAGUCUGGUGAUGGAACAGAUGCAGGCCUUAGCGCAGGUGCCCCCUUCCAACGUCUCACAAGCCAAGUCAGUACAUCGUGGGCUAGUUCAGAAGGUCGAGGAGCUACAGCAAAAGCUGGAUGAAGAGAUAAAGAAACGGCAGAAGCUGGAGCUCUCUCGUGAGCCAGCCCGGAUCGGGCUGGAACGGCAGCUGGAGGAGAAGGUAGAAGAGUGUCUGCGGCUGCAGGAAAAACUGGAAAGGAAGAAGGCGGAGAUGCAGCGCAGCACUCAGGAGCUCCAGGACAUGAAGCUCCUGCUGGAUCAGGGUGAGCGACUACGGCAUGGACUUGAGGACCAGCUGAAAGAGGUGCAAGACAGGCUAAAGCAGGGACAGAACCCUGAGGCUUCAAAGGAGGCCCUGAUGAAGGACCUGCUAGAGACCAGGGAGUUACUGGAGGAAGUACUGGAGGGGAAACAGCGGCUAGAGGAGCAGCUCCGGCAGCGGGAGCGGGAACUGACAGCUCUGAAGGGGGUGCUGAAGGAGGAGGUGGCCUCUCACGAUCAGGAGGUGGAACGUGUCCGGCAGCAGUGCCAAAAGGACAUGGAGCAGCUGCGCCGAAGUGUACAGGAUGCCUCCCAAGAUCAGGCCACCCUGGAGGCAGAAAGACAGAAAGUGUCAGCCCUCAUUCGGGGCCUAGAGCGGGAACUCAAAGAGAGUGCCGAAGAGACGGGACACUGGCAAGGCAUGUUCCAGAAAAACAAAGAAGAGCUUCGAGGGACCAAGCAGGAGUUGUUACAGCUUCGGCUGGAGAAGGAGGAUCAGGAGGAAGAGCUCAGGGAGCAAAUUGAGGCUCUGCAGAAGGACUUGGAGCAGGCUCGAGCCAGUGUGGAAAAUAAUCGUCAGGUUGACAGCCUCAAGAAGGAACUGCAGCGGGCACAGGAGGAACUGCAGCAGGCACAGGAGGAACUGCUGGACCUGCGGGAUCUUCAAAGUCAGGAAGCCGCAGGGAGGAAUCGGGAGCGGGAGCUGGAACAGCAGCUGGCUGCCCUCAGGGAAGAGGCUGAGCGGGGAAAGGGGGCUGAGCAGCAGCAGCUCCAGUUGCAUAAGAGCCUUCAGCAGCUUCGGCAGGACUAUGAAGAGACUGCUAAGGCCAAGGCAGCAGCUGAAGCAGAGGCAGCCAAGAUGGGGCAGCGGCGGGCAGCAGUGGAGUCAACGCUACGUGAAACCCAAGAGGAGAAUGAUGAAUUUCGACGGCGGAUCUUAGGUCUGGAACAGCAGCUGAAGGAGGCCCGGAGCUUGGCUGAAGGUGGGGAGGCUGUUGAGGCGAGGCUUCGGGACAAGGUGCAGCGUCUGGAGGCAGAGAGACAGCGGCUGGAGAAGGACCUGAGCACAUCUCAGGAAGAGGAGGAAUCACUGGCCGGGGCAAAGCGGAUGCUGGAGGGACGGCUGGAGGAGGCACAGAGAAACCUUACACGUUUGGGGCAGGAGCAACAGACACUAAACAGAGCCCUUGAGGAAGAAGGGAAGCAACGGGAGAUCCUUCGGCGGAGCAAGGCUGAGCUGGAGGAGCAAAAACGACUGUUGGAUAAAACUGUGGAGAAACUGAACAGAGAGUUGGAGAAAAUUGGAGAAGAGUCACAGAGAGCCCUGGGGCAGCUCCAAACUCAACUGGAAGAAUACAAGGAGAAGGCACGUCGAGAUGUAGCAGGUGCCCAGCGCCAGGCCAAGGAAUGGGCCAGUGAGGCAGAGAAGGCAGCCGGAGGGCUGGGCCAGCUGCAGGAUGAGGCCCAGCGACUGCGCCAGGCCCUGCAGACCUUGCAGACUGAGCGAGAUUCAGCCCUGCUAGACAAGGACUUGCUAACCCAGAGACUACAGGGGCUGGAACAAGAGACAGAGAGCAAAAAACGUUCCCAGGACGACAAGGCCCGGCAACUCAAGAACCUAGAGGAAAAGGUCUCCCGCCUGGAGGCAGAGCUCGAUGAGGAAAGAAACACUGUGGAGCUGCUGACUGAUCGAGUGAACCGUGGGCGGGACCAGAUCGACCAACUGAGAGGAGAACUGCUGCAGGAGAGAUCCAGUCGGCAAGACCUGGAAUGCGACAAGAUCUCUCUGGAGAGACAGAACAAGGAUCUGAAGAGCCGACUGGCCAGCUCUGAAGGUUUCCAGAAGCCCAACGCCAGCUUCUCUCAGCUGGAGUCCCAGAACCAGGAGCUGCAAGAGCUACUUCAGGCUGAAGAGAGGGAGAAGACGCUCCUGCAGACCACGAACCGAAAACUGGAAAGGAGGGUCAAAGAGCUUUCCAUCCAGAUUGAUGAUGAAAGACAGCAUGUAAAUGACCAGAAGGAUCAGCUGAGCCUGCGGGUGAAGGCCCUGAAGCGACAGGUUGAUGAGGCAGAAGAGGAAAUCGAACGGCUGGAUGGCUUGAGGAAGAAGGCCCAACGAGAGCUGGAAGAACAGCAUGAAGUCAAUGAGCAGUUGCAGGCCCGGGUGAAGGCCCUGGAAAAGGAUUCCCGGCGCAAGGUCACCCGAUCAGCUGCCGAGGCGUCCCUCAAGCAUGAUGGGCUGAGCUCGGAUGAGGAAUUUGACAAUAUGUAUGACCCCUCGUCCAUUGCAUCACUGCUCACUGAGAGCAACCUCCAGACCAGCUCUUGCUAGCUAGUGGUCAGCAAGGAGAUGAGUGGCCAAGCUGCAGAAGGCCCUUCCCUCCUCUAGCCCUAAGCUCCUUUCCUCAGGUCUACCAAAUGACCCUGCUAGAGAGAGAGAGUCUGGAUGGUGGUAAGGGGAACUCCCGAGCAUGGGACAGAGCAGGGUUGUAGAAUGGACUUUGCUUCUCUCCAGAGGAGUGGGUUUUUCAGGCCAGAUAAGCCUUUCCCCUCCCCUCCAUGUGAACAUAGAGUUUGGCUGGGAGUGGGUAGGCGGCAGGGGGAGAAGGAGUGAAGAGAUUUAAACCUAUUAUAGAGCUUGUAUUUUUUCAGCCUCUAUCUUAAGGCUCAGGGACAUUCCCCAUGAAAUCCCAUUACCCAUCCUUUUCCUGAUUGGGUAGAGAGGUUUGGGAGAAGGGAGACACCAUGGGCUGUGGACGCGCUGGCGUGGUCCUGCCUGCUUUUCUUUGCACAAUCCUGGGGGCCACUGGGGUAGCCCCAUGCCUCCAGACCUUCCACUUUACCUUUACCUGCUCUGAGCCAGCAGCUCCAAGGGACCAUUUCUCCUUUUCUCAAGAGUCAUGCUUCUUACCUUCCUCUCAGUGCCUUAGCUAGGGUGAGGAGAUGAGGUGGCUCCUCCUUAUAUAGCCAGCAGCUUCCCUUCUUGGUCCUUGUCCUUAUCCUUACUCCCCAGGUAGCUGGUUAUGAAGGUAAAACAAGGCAAGCUCCCUUAGGGCAGAAAUCAUGGGCAAGUCUCUCUGUUAUGACUCCCGGUGAAAAGGGCCUGUGCUAGGAUGACAUGGUGCUGUGGGGAGGACUUCUUGUGUUCACAGGGCUUCCCUUGGUGUCUGUGUGGUUGGGAUUUGAUUGGGGCCUGGGAGCUCUGCCAGCUGUCUAAAUACAUUUAAAGAUUCACAGAUCAAAGGGCCUCUUCAAGGUCUAAUAGUUCUACUGCUGCCUUCCCACAGAUUUACUCCUGGCUUCAAUGGGGAACCCAACAAUCCCUUAGGAUUCCUCAGGAUCCCUUAGGAUCCCUCAGGAUCCCAGUCCUUAGUGCCAGCCCCUCUGCCUCAGACUGGGAAUUCUGACCUCAAAAUGGAAAGGGAGGAGGAAAUGAAGACCUCCAUCCUGCCUUUGGCUUUUUAGGACAGACCCAGCCCACAUGAAUCAUCUCCGGGAGCCUGGGGGAGGGAAGCAAGACUACACUCACCAAUGGCUUGUAACUUUGUGAUUUCUGUACCUCUGUUCCUUGGGUAAAUCAGACAUCUCUUUCCCUCCAAUUUUUUUCCUCCUUGAUUUUAUUUUAAAUUAAAUAUAUAUCUUUAUAUUA